GGGAAACUAGUUUAUAAACGAAAAACCGAGAACAGAGGUGUUCGAGUGUCCUCUCUCUAUUCCAGCGAUGACAGUAGCAGCGGCGUCAGCUCCGUCGCGAGCGGAGGUCCUCCAUCUCUACCGCUCCUUUCUCCGCGUCGCUCGGAAGUUCACAGACUACAACGUCAGGGAGUACACCAAGCGCAGAGCCGUCGACGCCUUUCACCAGAACCGGAACCUCUCCGACCCGUCGGCGAUGUCCUCCGCCUUCGCCGACGGCAAGGCGCAGCUCGAGGUCGCCACGCGCCAGGCGGUGGUGUACUCUCUCUACGCGCCCAAGCUCAAGAGCGUCAUGGAGGUUCAGAACUAGGAAAUUGAUUCAUCCACAGGUCGAGUGCAUGGAUUGAUGGACGACCUUAGGAAAGUUGUAAUGCUGAGUUUAUUUAGUCUUGAGGGGUUGAAACUUCUACGGUAUACGCCUUUAGUUUAAGUUUUGGGUUGAAGAUGUAAUUAGUUAUUGACUUUGAGUACGUUUGACGAUUGCAUUCUUCAAUGACAAAUAAUUUGCAACAUUUUCAUAUUUUAUUGAUGUUACUCUAUGUUAUUUCCUAGUUGUCAAAAUAAGAAAAAUGAUCAUCUGAAAUUGGUUUCAUAUACACAUCAAUGUGCC